AUGCAGAUGGUAACAUUCUUUGUAAGCCCUGGUGUCAGGGUCGCUGUGGAGGCCACAAACCCAGCCGACCUGCCCAGGGGGCAUGCCAGAUCAUCCCUGCAGCCCAGCUGGGCUGUCUCUCUAUGCGAGCCUGCUGACCACCAGCACCGGCUGAAGGUGCUCCAUUGUGGAAAUGUAGUGUCCGGAACAAGUGGAUGGUGGCAGCUACAGUUCAGUGUCCUAAAUAGGAAACAGCCCCACAUCAUGGGGGAGUCCCAGGUGGCUGACAAUUCAGUGUUUGUAGGGAAGGACUACCUGCCCAGUCAACGAGCCCUUUGGCUUCCCUAUAAUGCCACAUCACAAGCAUUGGUUUUAUUUGGCACCCCUAAAGAAGCUGGUGAGAUUUUUUCCGAAAAUAAAAUGACAAAUACUGAAGAGGUGAACAAAGGCAUUUACUUUAGCUACCCAUGUCGACGUCACAGCUGUUCUUUAGUGAACAUUCCAGCGCCAUGUGUCAACAAAAUGAUUUCACACAUUGAAGGAGUGGAGUCUAAAAUACAGGAGCGUUUGAAACAGUUUGAAGCUUCAUUUGAAAAAUGGAGCAGAGCCACGGAAGACCUAGAGGAGGACUGGAGUACUGCUGCACCAGUCGAAGAGGCCAAGCCCGAGAAGGAGAGAGAUGAAAAGUGUCCAGAAUUAAAGCAGGAAAUGGAAACAUUGCUAUCAGAGGCCAUCCAUCUCAUUAAAAGUCUAGAAACGGACCGUGCAGAAGCUGAAGAAGCUUUAAAAAGACAACAAUCAAGAAGGGAAAAGAUAAACAUGACAAUUGAUUCUUGGUCAAUCUGGAGACUUCAAGAAAUCCCGUUAGCUGUGCAGAAAGAACAUGAGACCUAUUUGAGAGAUAUUCUAGAAUUACAAUGGCACCUUGAAGAUAUGGAACAUCAACGAACCAAGUUUGAGGAACAAAAGACAAAGUGGGAAGAAGCUAAUGCAAAGCUUCAAGCAGACAUUGAUUAUAUGAAUGAACUUGCUCCUCACCUGAAUUCAAAGUUGAUCCAGGAAAUUGAAGCUCUGAAGGAAUAUACUAGAAAAAAAAAUGAGGUAAUGGAACUGUACAGACAAGUUUGUGACGAACUCAGAGAAGCUAUAGAAGACUAUGAAAAUGUCAAAUUAAAAGCUGAACAAAUGAGAAAAGAAAUGGAAAAUGAUAUUUGUAAAGAUAAAGGAAGCAUAGAAACCUUCAAGAACAAGGUGGAACAACUUAACAUUCUAUUCAAUCACUACGAUACAUUAAUUCAAAAUGUUCAAGUUACUCUUGUGGAGAAUGAAGAGACCAUAAAUGAAGUAUUGAAGGAAACAAGGACAUCAACAGAUGAAUUAAAUAUUUUAGCACAAAAGCUAGAAUAUUUGAAAAAACUUUAUGAGCAACUAGUAUGGAAGAAAAAAAGUUAUGGACUUAGAUAUAUGGAAAUACUUAAUAAUUUUUACGCUGCAAAAAAAUCAUGGGAUUUUGAUAUUUCUAAUGUCACAAAAGAUUUUUCAGAUCUUUCAAUAACAUAUAAUCAAUUGGCGAAUGAACAUAAACAACUUGAGAAAGAUAUUGAAACCACAGCAGAUUUAAUCAGUAACAGUAUAAGGAAAAAAUCAGAGUUUGAAUGUGAAAUCCAAUCUUUGAUGAAAAUGAAGUUAAAAAAUGAUGAGUAUCUUAGAAAACUAUACAAGGAAGCAUAUCAGAUUGGUGCUGUUUUCCACCUAACCAAAUUUAAAACAGAGGAAUUAGAAGAGCAAAUAGCAGAAGUGAGAAGAAAAUUCAAGGGUAGAGAAGAUUUCUUGAAAAAACUCACUCGAGGUACAGUGGCUAAUGGAAUGAAGAUUCAGAAAAAACUGUAUGCUCUGCAAGAAAAACAGAUACUUGAAAAGCAGGACCUUUUGAAAAGGAAAGUAAUGUAUUCCUUAAUACUGGAAGAAACACAAUCACCUCUAGUUCAAAUGGAAAAUGAUGCUAUACGGAUCAAAAAUGUCCACCAAGAACAGUCUGAGAUACUAUGUCGGAUAAUUGAAAAGAGAGACUAUGUUAAAAAAAAUGUGCAGCAAACAAAGAAAAAAUUGCGAAAAAAGGGGAAGAAAACUAAAGAAGCAGUAAUAGAAACUGAGGAAAGAUACUCAAUAAUAUUUAAUGAAAUAGCGACAACUAAAAGUAAAACAGUGGUUUAUCAUACAAAAAUAAAUACAUUGAAUAAGGACCUGGAAGAAAAAGAAGAGGAAAAGAAAAAUUUUGAUAAGAUACUUCGCAAUUUGAAGGAGCAAUUUUUAACUAUAAAAUUUAAAAAGGAACAAGCACAAGCUGUUUACGAUCAUCUCAUGAGUGAGCAGAAAGCCUGCGAACAAAGGCUCUCUGAGGAAGGACAGAAAUAUAGAAAUCUCCUUGCCAUGAGGCAAAAAACUCUGGCAGAUAUUAAAAAACUACAAGAUGAUUCACUAGAAGAAAAUCUACGUUUAGCUCAAGAGUAUCAGAAAUUACAGGAGACAUUCUUAUCAGAAAAGAACCAUUAUUUCAAUCUAUAUGAUAGACAGUUAUCCCUUGAUUCUUCAAUUAGAGAUAAGAAAGAGCUCUGUCAGCUGCAAAGAAGGGUAGAGAAGGUGUGGCAGCAAUACUUGAAACUGGUGGUCCUCCACAGCCAGAUGAGGCUGGCCAAGUUCCAGACAGACUCUCAGGAGAGCAUUCACAAAAUAUUAGCUGUGCAGGAGGAAUCUUCAAAGUUAAUGCAACAUAUCGUCAGUUUCUUCGAGACUUUGUCAGAUAGCCCAUGUGAAAACGAUGGUUAAGCAAACAACCGAUGUAUCUUGGAUGCCUAAAUAAAAGACAAGAAAAGUCACACAGUUCAGAUAACAGUGUAAUUGGACAUUCACCUGUUUGCCAUUUCACACUUCCAUGGACGAAAACUCACUCACCUCCCAGCAUGCUUUGCCACUCUUUUACUUACAGCAAAUCCAUAACAAUGAAACAGGUGACUUUCAUGCUGCUGUCAGGAACGAUCUAAUUUCAGCUCUGGGUGACUGAUUGCAAUUGGCUUUGCCUCAUCUGAUAAUUAAUCUAUGUCACCAUUAAUUGGAAGAGAGAAUAAUUACUGGCAGUGUUGACAGUGACUGUUCGCCACCCCAGAUUUCCCCAUUGUGUUGGCCCAAAUAAAGGCUUUGCGAUUCACUACUCGAGGUUUGUGUAAACUGUAACAAUACCUAUGCCCAUGUGACACUUGCAGACACUCUGUCUAAGGUACUUUUGUUUUUGUGUUUACCAACCUUUUUAGCUGGCUGGGAGCUGUCUCUCUCAAUCACUCCUCAAUGUUCUAUCUUAAUUUUGUGGAAGUUUAAAGUUUUCAAUGAGCUGGAGAUGAAUGAUUAAUGAAUAAAUUUAAAUGCU